CAACACAGCAGACGCAUUUGUGAAGCGCUUCAAGUCUCUUUCACACCAUGUUUUUUGACGUGGGAGCCGGGUAUGCGCCCGUGUACAGCGCCCACAGACACGACAGCACCGCCUAACCGGUUCAACAGCGUCUAGUAGUGUCAACCUACAACCCGAGACUUCACUUUUACCACCGCAAACUCGCGCAAAUCAACGUAAUUAGCUUCAAAACUAGCAAAACUAGCUAAAACUUACUAACUAGAGCUAACGUGUGCUAAAGCUAACCUGCGCGUUGCCCGGGAAACCAGUCUAUUUCAAUGGUUGGACCAAGAAUAUCAACUUUUUUUUUCACUUUCUACACUUAUUGUGGGACUUUUAGCUUGACAUUUUGUGGAUUUAACGUGUUUUUUCUCUUACUAUAAAGGAGCAGAGGAAUAAUUUUCGCCCGUUGUCCCGUUUUGCAGCCAAACGAGGAUAAAACCGACGCACAUCUGUAUCAGCUAAAUUAACUUGGUGACACUGCAGGGACCUCGCCUGUCAUCAUGCCCGUGCGACAGAAAGAUGCUCAGCGUGCUCUGCAGCUCCUGCAGCAGUACCGCCUCAAACUGGAGCAGAGACAGGGCUCGGGAGAAGAGGACGACUCACAGCUCCACUCCAGCCUGGACAGGGUCAUCAACGUGUUUCAGAGCCAGCUCUUCAACGCACUGCUCGACAUCCAGGAGUACUACGAGCUGACCAUCGUAUCUGACAGUCAGAGCUCUGGAGUCCAGCCUGUGGAUUACCCAGAACAUGUCCCCUCAUCUACCCCGUCGUCUGCCCCUUCACCUGCCCCUCUCACCCCCAGAGCAUCCGGCGAGUCUACAAAACCCCAAAUCUCCCCGAAACCCAUGUCCUUUAAGUCCCCUGCUCCUCCCAUACCCACUGGAGUCCAACCAGCUAAACCAACUACGACACCACUGCAAUCACAACCGAGCAAAAAGUACCGCGCCCCUCCACCUCCCGCUAAUGCCAAAUCUGCCACAUCUGCCGGUGACCAAAUGAACGACAAGAAUCUGAAAGAACUGUCACGAAACGGAGGAAAAGAUUUGGUUGUGUCCGACCCCGCGUCUGAAUACUCCACCAUCUCGCCCAAUCCUCCAGUGACCACGGGGGAACAAGUUACAGUAUCUGCCCUGGUUUCAAGCACCAUCCAAAGUUUAUUGCCCUCGUCUCCGGUCGAUAAAGGGCCAUCCCAUAACGGUACGCCCAAAAGUCCAAGUUCUAAUAGUAAAGAAGCAGUGUCACAGAAAGGGACCCCCACAGCACAGAGCCCGAGCGGAUCGACCCAGGGAAAGUUCACCUACAGCGGGAUCAGUCCGACCAUCAGCCUGGGGCCGUUUGCCAAAGGGCCCCUCAUGAGCCCGAAGAGCCCUGGUUCGGGUAAACUGUCCCCCACCAGCCCCCCUCCUGGCCCAGUCAGCCCCAAACCAGUGCAAACUCCAAAGACUCCUGUCAAGGUAGAUUCUCCUGAUGGACUUUUCGAUGAGGAGGCGUGGCCAGGUCCGGAUGGGGAGCGAAUGAAUGAAGUCCCCGCUCCACCUUUCUCCUCCCUCUAUCCUCAAAGCCACGCCUACUUUCAGGCCAACCCUCCUCCCGUGGUGGUCAACACAGACAGCGUAGAAACACCCCCAUAUGUGAACGGAACAGAAGCAGACUACGAGUAUGAAGAGAUCACUCUGGAGCGGGGGAACUCGGGCCUGGGCUUCAGUAUUGCAGGAGGAACAGAUAAUCCUCACAUUGGCGAAGACCCCUCCAUCUUCAUCACUAAAAUCAUCCCCGGAGGAGCGGCCGCACAGAACGGACGGCUACGGGUGAACGACUGCAUAGUGCGAGUGAACGACACAGAUGUGCGUGAGGUGACCCACAGUGGAGCGGUGGAGGCUCUGAAGGACGCGGGGGGCCUGGUCAGACUGUGUGUCCGACGGAGACGCAGCCUCAGUGAGAGAGUCCUGGACAUCAAACUGGUCAAAGGUCCAAAAGGCCUGGGCUUCAGUAUCGCAGGUGGAGUGGGUAACCAGCACGUUCCUGGUGAUAACAGCAUCUACGUGACAAAAGUCAUCGAAGGAGGAGCGGCACAAAAAGACGGACGGCUACAGAUAGGGGACAAACUUAUAGCUGUGAAUGGCACGUGUCUGGAGGAGGUGAGCCACGAGGAGGCAGUAGCGGCGCUUAAGUCCACUCCAGACGUGGUUUAUCUCAGAGUCUCUAAACAUACAUCACUCUUCAUCAAUGACAACUUCCCUCCACCGGACGUCACCAACUCAUACUCUCCACAUCAGGACAAUCACGUCCACAGUCCGUACAUGAGCGGCAGUCAGUCUGUAAGCCCCGCCCCCCUGACCACGCCCAGAUACUCUCCUCUGCCUCGCUCCGUGACUGCAGACGAAGACAUCUCCAGAGAUCCGAGGCGGGUGGUGCUUCAACGCGGCUCCACUGGUUUGGGCUUUAACAUCGUCGGAGGAGAGGACGGGGAGGGCAUCUUCAUCUCCUUCAUUUUGGCUGGAGGUCCCGCCGAUCUCUGUGGAGAGCUACGCAAAGGGGACCGCAUCCUCUCGGUGAAUGGUGUGGAUCUGUCCAGUGCCACUCAUGAACAAGCAGCUGCGGCUCUGAAAAACGCAGGGCACACGGUGACUAUAGUGGCCCAGUACAAACCAGAGGACUACAGCCGGUUCGAGGCAAAGAUCCAUGACCUGAGGGAGCAGAUGAUGACGAGCAGCAUCAGCUCCAGCUCCACGUCUCUGCGCUCCACUCAGAAACGCACCCUCUAUGUCAGAGCGCUGUUUGAUUUCGAUGGUGCCGAGGGGGACUCCAGCGCUCCGGGACAGAUUUUGGGCUUCCGGUUCGGGGACAUCCUCCACGUGAGCAGCGCUGGAGAAGAGGAGUGGUGGUCCGCCCGGCACCUCAACCCUCCACCCCCCAACUGCCCCGAGGUGGGGGUCAUUCCCAGCCGCAGGAGAGCGGAGAAGAAAGAGAGGUCGCGGCUGAAGACGGUCAGAGUGAACAAGACUCAGGACAGAUCUGACCAAGAUGAUAAAGAGCUGGUCACCUCAGGGACCAGCGAUAGUGAAAGUAGCUGCUGCCAAGAAGAGUCGUACCUUACAUACCAGCCUGUUAUGCAACAAGAAGUGAGCUACACACGUCCUGUGAUUAUUCUGGGGCUGAUGAAGGACCGAGUGAACGAUGACCUCAUCUCUGAGUUUCCCGACAAGUUUGGCUCCUGUGUCCCACACACCACGCGGCCGCGGCGAGAAUACGAGGUGGAUGGGCGGGACUAUCACUUCAUGGCGUCCCGGGAGCUGAUGGAGCGAGAGAUCCAGGAGCACAAGUUCAUCGAGGCCGGACAGUACAACAACCACCUGUACGGCACCAGCAUCCAGUCUGUGCGCCAGGUCGCAGAGAAGGGCAAACACUGUAUCCUGGACGUUUCAGGGAACGCCAUCAAGCGUCUACAGCUGGCAGGACUCCACCCCAUCGCCAUCCUCAUCAAGCCCCGCAACAUCGACAACAUUAUGGAGAUGAACAAGCGCCUAACGGAGGAGCAGGCCCGCAAGACCUUUGACCGAGCCAUCAAACUAGAGCUAGAGUUUACAGAGUACUUCACUGCGAUCGUGCAGGGGUCCAGUCUGGAGGAGAUCUACUCGCAGGUCAAACACAUCAUCGAGGAGCAGUCGGGGCCGUACAUCUGGAUUCCCACAAAAGAACAUCUGUGAACGCACCGCGGCCUCCACAACCAUCGUCCUCAUCGUAUUCUUAUCAGCCUGCUUCCUCCGCUCCUCACUUCAACACAAAUCUACUGUAUAUUCAUCUAUCAAGCACAUGGACCUGGCUGGGACAAUCUGGGACCGCCCCUUUUGUGAGUGGGAGGGGCUUACGCAUCCCAGCAGCCAACGGGUGGAUCCUCUUUGCUCGGUUCCUUAAUGUUUAAGGAAGUGGUGACCGCAACGAAGCAUUGAUAUUAUUAUUGUUAAAACCUUUUCUUUUUGUUUUUUUUUGUUUUUUUCUUUCUUUCUUGCGUCAAAUCUUGUGUUUUUUUUUCAUAUUAUCGAAUGCAUAACUCGCGCUUAUGGGGUUGACUGAGAGGAGCUGGACUUUUGCACGCCGUAGCUUUAAGAGCAUGUUUAUAAUGGGGUAUACGUUGAUUUAUGAUCCCUGUCUUUCUCUCCUCAAGCCAUUGUUCCCCAUCGGUCUAUCCAUCUAUUAUUAGUACUGUGUAGGAACAAACUAAAUACGCAAUUCCACCCCCGAACUGUGGCGGAGUCUGCAGAAUGAAACUCACUUAAACCAGGAAUAAGUAGGUCGUGUUAAUAUGAUGUUUACAUAUUUAAAUUGAAGGGAAAUGUGGUAGUUUUUGCAAUGUAUUUGAAAUUUUGAGGCUUAGCUCCAUGAAAAAAAUAAUUCAAAUCGAUGUAGCCUCUUAAACGACGUAUUUUUUUCAAUUUUUACACUCAAAAUCGAUCAACAGAGGUGGGUGAAAGCCAAACAUAAGCGUCAAAAAUGCGUUAAACUAAGCAGACUUAAAGGAGCUGUACCUGAUUUUAACAUGUGAUAAACAAAACUAGUUCAUUUUAAACGGUUUGCAGUGGUCUAAAGUUAUUCCUCGCUCACCUCAUGCAUUCAGAGCGUCCUAAUUACUCACCACGAUGAGUUUAUAAGCACUUUUCACCACUUUCAGAGACCAGAGCGUUGUUGUUUUGCUGCAACAACACAUCGGACAUGUUUUGAGAGCUGCUUUUUACGAUGUAUCUGAGACAAAGUUCGCUCAAACACAUCUGGUACAGUACACAGUUUUGAAAAACCAAGACUAUAGCAAAUAUUUUUCACUUCAAAAUGAUGAGUAGACAUAAAAGAAAGGUUGAACUACUCGUUUAGUGUCACUACUGUAAUAUUAACUGUUCACUACCCACCUCUGUAGCUUAACACAAAGUAAUUUCCAUUCAAAAUUGGGCCUAUAAAAGAAAUGAACAUGUUGUAAAGUUUGUAUUAUCUUAUCUUUGAAUGGUCUAACGGUGCACUGCAAGCCACAAAAAGUGAAUUUAACUUAUCAAAAGUGUUUCAUUUAAGUUGGUAAAUAUUGGCUCAAGUCUAAGGGCUUCUCUUCUCCGUGUAUGCCUUGGUCUCCUGCCGAUCCCUCCGCACAUACGUCACUGUUUUAAGUCUGUUUUCACCUUUAAAAUCAUCCACUUAUUUAACCGUUGCACUAAAGCAGGGCUCACUCCAAAAGGCUUCUCCACUCCACUCAAUCUCAUUAUAAAAACGGACUAAACGUUAACUAUUAGUGCUGUUUGCGUCUGAAAAACAUAGCUCUAAAUCGGUUUUGUUUCAUCCAAAAUUGUAAGUAAUCCUUUCCAAUCUGAUAAAGUUGAAUAUUUUUGACAAUACUGACAAAAAUAUAUACUUUUGUUAUAUUAUUUCUUUGCCAAUAACAACUAUUACAUUAUAUACAACCCAAAAAAUGCACGAUAGCUAAAAUCCUCCAGCUAAGAUGAAGGAUGGGUCAAAUGCAAGGUCAAAUUUAUGUUAUUCUUAUUUUUACAAUGCUAAAAAGUUGAGUUUUAAAUAUGACACAAAAAGUGACUGGAGCUUCCUCUUAUACGCAACAUUUUAAGGACUUUUUUCCCACUCAGAACAGAUAAUAAUUGCUAAUCGCUAUGGCAACAGUCCUAAUGUCACAUCAAUCUGAAAUCCAUGGAGAAAUAUACCCAAAUGUAUGAUCUUUUUAACACGUCUGUUAACUUUUCUGCAAUACUGAAAUACUUAAAUACUCAUUUUGCAUCCGACAAAACCAUGAUUUAUAUAUUGUCGCGUAGAUAUCGUGUUGUCCACCUUGAAAAUGGGCCCGCAGUUAAUUUUUCUUUACAAGUUACCAGCAGAGGGCAUCAGACAUAAUUAAUUUAAAUGGAAAAUGAAGGGCUUACGUUAUAAAAUGCACCGCGCUAAUGCAAAGGUGAACAAAAACAUUUAAAAAGUCACUGUAACUCAUAAAAUUUGCGCUUUCUUAAUCCCAAUUUUAUCUGUAUUUUGAUAUUAUUUAAACAAUAUUUAUCUACAAAUUUUAUUACAAUUUUAAAUAUUAAUUUCCUUGACUUACACUUAAGUUUUUAAACAUAGAACACAAAUGUCUCUCGCACAGCAGCUCCUGGCAACCUCACUGUUAGCAUCUCUACUUCCUGUCCAAUUUUAUCUGAGGUUUUUGUAGAUUCAUGGUAAAAUGAAUAAAUAUUUAAAGAUCAGACAGUGGACAUAGAGCUGACAACAAGUUAAACAGUAAAUAAAUGAAUACUUCACCGGAGGACACUUCUGUGCUUAGAAAAGUAGAGGUUUGUGUCUCAGUGCUAACGCUAAUGCUAAUUUUGAGGCAUAAUAAAUAUUAAAACACCACAAACUGAAGUAUUCUACAUGUAAAAGUAAGUGAGUUGUCUUUCUUUUAAUUAAUUGGAAUUUGGAGUUUAUUUUAUAUUUUACGGUUUUAAUAAAAGUGACUGUUAGCUUGAGCCACAGUGAGCUAGCUAGCAUGCUGCUGCGCGUAAAACCAAUUGCAAAUGUGCCCAAAACCACUAAAAUACAUAAAACAUUCCUUUUUUCUUAAUCUUGACUUUAUAAACAUGAGAUAAUUAUUUGAGGAAUAUUUAAUUUUUUUGCGAAUUACAUUUUUUUUGGUGGAGUUGUUUUGCUUUCUGGAGAAGAGCGCCUGUUUAUUUUUGAACCUUACCAGCCGCCAUACCUCCCAUGAGCCCCUGAAUGCACAACUCGAGACAGAACAAAAAAAAGCAGUCAAACUUUAUCCAAAUAAAAUCUAAAUAUUAAAAUUAUUUAUUUUUUAGAAAGUAUGAAAAUUCUAAAAUUGAAGUUAUAGUAUAGUAGAAGUAUUUUAUGUAUUUUGUCGGUUUCUUGUUGUGAGAAACACGGGCCACUUCACUGUCUGUUUAAAAAAAAAAAAAAAAAAAGUACUGGUGCAAUGAGUUUAUUCAGAUGGGUCUAUAUCACACAUAUUCUCACAUUUAUCCCAGUUAUGAUACAGAUAAUAACUGCCUAUUUUGGUACCAGAUGUAUACAAGUCUAUGGAGAUUUACUGACCCCUGUUUGCUCCAGAGACCCUCCCUUUGAGUUGUGAAUGAUUGUGAAUAUUAUAAAUACUACGAUAUCUGUAAAUACACGUCCUUUACUUUGACCCGGGCUUUUUCUGUCUCUUCAUUUUAAAUUCAACACAACCGGCUGCGUUUGUGUAACA